ACAACAGUCAGUCAUACAGGCAGACACUGACACUGACAGAAGAAAACAAAGAGAUCAGUGGGUGUCUCAGUGCCCAGUGGAAUUUAUUUUUUUACUUGAUUAGCUUCAUUUGUUGUUAUCAUAGUUAUUUUCUUUUAAAUUCUUUUUCUCUUUUCUAAGCAUGAUCCUUAAUUUCUAUAUGUUUAUAACCAAACACUGGUUAAUUUUACUAAAGAACUUCAUGCAGGGUUGAAAACACACACACAAAUACAUAAACACAUGAAUCACUCUAAAUCUAUUUAAAUAUUCUAGACUAUCGCUGAGUUUUCUUAAUUAACUAGGACCUCUUGGGUCACAGUCUCUAAAGCUUUAUUUUUUCAAAACCAAGAAAUUCCAAUGUCCGAUAAUGGAUAUCGAUCCACUAAUUGGCUUUCACAAACUAUAAACUACUUUCACUGAAGAUGUCGGGCAAGGUAGCAUCUGUGGGUCACUAGGUUGUUAGACUAAUCACAACACAGGAAGAAAAUUAUCCGUCAGUGGAUCCCCUCUGUUAGUCUGGGAGUAGCGACGGUUAUCCCUUACCUCCGAAAUAAAAUCUCAAUAUUCUUUGAAACAAAUGAGCCUCGGUUUGCAGCUCCAGUAGUUCAAACUGUUACAGCUAUGAGGAAGGUAGAACCUUUGUAAUAUUUGUAAUAUUUGUAAUAUCUCGGUGCGGUUCAACUGUCAACUUUGACACUUGUCCGGGCAUGUCUUUCCUUUAUUUUUCCCCACUGGCUAGGAAAGGAACUACAUUCUUCCCGACUCUUUCCUACACAAACUUCACACACUCUUUCUGCACCACAGGCCUAUUAGGGAAUGCCUCAAAUGAGUUUACAGUGAAUACAAGUCUCCAUACUAAACAAUGGUUAGUUAUCCACAGUCACAACAACACACUACACAAUCGUAACCAGUCGAGUUCCUGACACAAACACACUUUAUAUUUCACAGAGGAGUUUGGGAUUGCCUGGGGAGACUAGAACGGUCUCUUGAGAGGUGAUAACAUGAAGGUGUCUAGAAAACUGCAGUUAAUGAGCAAUAAAGAGAAGACUCUUGUCUUACCUAUUUCCUGGAGUUGGCGUACAGACUUUUUUUUUUUUUAGUAAAGUUGAUAUUUGUACAAAUGUUUGUUUGUUUGAUAAGUAAAGCACUAAGCUUUGUACCUGCUGCUCUGUUGUCUGUUUUACAGGUGACAGCCCUUCCUACAUCUCGGAGAACAUAAAGAAUAUUAGAGAACAAGAAGGCUGAGAGAAUAAAACUAAAAUAUUUUUUUGAUUUAGGAUGACACCAACCUGAGUGUUAACAUUACCACGUAGAGCUCCAGUGAAUUUGAUUGCUAUCCAAAACAAGACGAGUACACAUUGUAUCUGAUUAUGAUUUUUUUCCAGUUGAAAGACAUUAACAAAUAAGAAAACUGGAUGAGCUGCCUCCCUCUCCCAUACACACAUAAAGAAACGAGUGAAACAACUUCUUAGCAUGAAGAGAAGUGAAUGAUAUAUUAUUUCAGCAAAUAAAAUAUAUUGUGUAAACACUACGAAACUAUACACAUAAGGGCUGCUAUAAAUUUAGUAAAUACCUUGCAUUGACCUUUGGUUUCUUGUUGUGUUCACUAAUUUUAAAAAGGCUGUUCAUAAGUUACUGUUCAUCGACAGUGAAAAUAAUCAUCCGUUGUGAUUUUCUUCUGCUACCCAAUAAGUAAAAUUAUUAUUUACAGUUUCUGUGCCUCUGCGUAAAGAGACUUUCCGGACUGUGUGGGUGGAUUAAACACUUUCAUGUUUCAUAGCUCGCAUCACAAAUAAUUUGGUUUUAAGAAAUCCUACUACAGAAUAUGUGUGCUUGUGUAUAUGUAAGGAUAUAUGAGUGGCUGCUUGUUUGUGUGUGUGUGUGUGUGUGUGUUUGUGAGUGUGUGAGAGUGAAGCGGGGUGUCUGACAGUCAGUGGGACUGUGUGGCUCCUUACUUCACAGUCAGGGAGCCUUCAUAAACCCCGAGGUCCUUACUUUCCAUAUUUAUAGCUCCUUCAAGUAACAUGGUCGCCCACGUGUUUGUAUUACCUUCUAUUCUUAUUUGGUUAUUCUUAUCUGGUUACGUGGGAGCUUACCAACAAUUAUUCUCAUUGUGUACAAUAAAAUUACAGGACAUGAUAGAUAAGGUUUUUGAACAAACUUCGACACAAGUAAGUAUCGGUCACUGUACUUGAAGACAGUUAUUUCUAAUAUAUUAUUUUCAGUUUAAGACGUCUAGAGCAAUUUUCUUUACAUUCCCCCCCCCCCGCCCAAAAAAAAAGUAAAAUCUGAUUGUAUAGUAAUUUAUUUUAACAGGAAUUUCAAAAUUAGUUGCUGGGUUUUUUUUUAAAUGUGACGUGACGUGCACAGACACGAACUGUCGUCGUAGCGACAAACACUCUUAGUGAAAACGUUUUGACUCUUUAGUCUGAAAUACUCAGGUAGACUGUCAAUUCAGGCAGAUUAAACCCUCUCCCCACUUUGCAAUUCCUUAUCUAAAGGAGCAGGUGAGUCCACUACCUGCUUACACUACGGACGUCGACACAUUGAGUAACAUCCAGGUCUGUGUGUCACCUAACCGCCAUAUCUUGGAGACAAGACGGUGACUCAGAUUAUUCGAUAUGGCUGAGCCACACGAAAGAGAGUGUGCCGUGUGCACAAAUGACUUCACCACACCAAAGAUUCUACCCUGUGGUCAUCUCCUGUGUCGAGAAUGUGUCAUUUCCUGGAUGGAUUCCAAACGUGAUGCCGGGUGUCCACUGUGUAGAUGUCCUAUAGUAGAGCAGUCAGAUGGAAGUUCGUCCGACACUGUUGACGCCCUGCCGACAGACUUUGUGAUGGAAGCGCUGGUGGAGAGCGCUGGUGUGCUGAGUAAAGAUCACCUUUGUUGUGUGUGUGAGGACGUCAGGGCGGACUUCAUCUGUAUGCAGUGUCAGGACAUGAUGUGUACAGCGUGUACGAAAGUACACAAGAAGAUGUCAGUGAGCCGCAGUCACGAUGUGGAGAGUGUCAGCACUGUGACACCUGAACGUCUGGCUGCCAGCCGCCCUGCACUGUGUGCUGACCACGGCGACAAACAGGCGGACAGCUUUUGCUUCUAUCACCGACUUGCCGUCUGCAAAUCCUGUAAGGUUCAGAAACACAGUGAAUGUUUAAAAGUAAGCGAUUUUGACUUUGAAAUACAUUCAGCUGAAAACUCACUUACCCACCUAACAAAGAUUUUGGUAGAAGCGGAGCAGAAGCUGGAGCAGGUUAUAGGUCAGCUGACGUCACGUCUACAGGAAGUUGAUGUCAGCGAACAAGAAGACAUGGCGCAAGUAGACAAGACAUGUGACCGUCUUCAGAAGUUAGUGGAAGAUUUCCGUAGGAGGUUGAUGGAAAAGACACGUACGUCACAUCUGCAAAUCAGGAAUUCAUUACGUGACGUCAAGACAGACCUUAGCAACCGUCUAGGGAAGGUGACGUCACACAAACACAUUGUGACGCGAGCGGCGGCAGUGUCACCACGUCCUGCACUGAUGCACAUGACAGAGGCUCUGACAGACAGGGUCAACAGCCUUGACCUCAGCGCUGACUUGAAACAAGAGGUGUGGGUCAAGCCCUUUUCAAGUGUAGAAUAUUGUCAAGAUGUUGUGGGUCGGAUAGAAGACGAGCUACUGAAGGUGGAGCAGCUGAAGACUGAGUUAAAACAAAAGAGUUCCUUCUCAAGCUGCUCGUUCAAAGUGGAAAAGACUGAUAAGCAAAUCAAGCCUCACCUGCCAAGUGUUUCUUCCAAAAAGAAAAUAUCUUUUAAUAAAAGCAAGCGGACCGCUGAGCAACCAGUCCUUGUGUUUCAUGAAAACUGCGGGGCCAACAUUCGUCUGUUGCCCGGCAACACCACCGCAGAGAACAAUGGCAUCUUCAAUGGGGUGGUUGUGUCCCGUGAUGUUAUGGUGGAAAACUUCUUGUAUGAAGUUAAUGUAGAUAAAGCAUACGCUGAAAACAUCAUGUUAGUGGGUGUGACAAGUAUCCCUCCUUCACGCCUCGUUGUGACCCCGUGUUCCACAGACCAGGCAGACUUCAUCAUCAUCGGUCCCUAUUGGAUUCACCAUCAGGGAAAACGUGUAUCGCACACUUUAGGAAAUGAUCUCGAGAGACUUCAUGUCGGGAGUCGAGUUGGGGUCUUGUGGACUCAUCAAGCGACCUUCACCUCUACAUCAACGGACAGGACAAGGGUGUUGCAGCAAAACAAGUCGUACAGCCCUGUUUUGCUGUUUUUGACCUAUUUUCUUCAGUCUAUAGGGUGACAGCCCUUCGUACAUCCAGGAGGACAUGAAGAAUAUCCAAGAACAAGAAUGUCGUGACAGUAAAACACGAAUGUCUUUGUUCGCUGACAACAAUGUCAACCCUGACACACUUUUUUUUAUCGAGAUUUAAGUUUCAUUUGCUAAAGUUUUUUCUGCAAUCCUGACACGUCUGCCAACCUAACUGGCAUGGCUGGCUCUAUAAUGUAGUUCCUCCGCUCAUUGAUAUUUUGCGUGUGUGUGUGAAGCGUCUAUGAUGCGAAAAGUGACAAUGACGUCAAUACUAAACAAUAUUUUGCGUCAGAACAGAAAUGGCGUCACAACGGUACUGACAGUGUCGUCUGCCAGAGAAAGACUUCAUUGUCCUCCUCCAAGUGAUGUCCGCCAACAACCUUUCCCAUAAUGCGAGUCCUUUUUUCACACCCUUACUUUUGUAAUAUCAUGUUAUUCUCAACUCUUGUUCUUGUUAUUUGGUUCAUCUUUUUUCUAUAUUUGAUUUUAUUCUUCGUUUACUGCGGUUGUUAAUUCUUUUAUAGUUCAUAUAUUAUUUGUUUGUUUUCCUGUCACUCGUAUGAUAUGGUUCGUUCUUCUUCUUAAGAGCUAAGAGCAUGCUCCUUUGGAGAGUCAGUAUGCACUUUAAAAUUUUUCAUU